AUGAUAUCUAUGCUCAACUAUACAAGAUUUGAGCUUGUCACUGAAACACUCAAGUCAGUUUCAAAGGAUAUUGGACUAAGGAUUCCAAUUUGUUCUUAUAAUGCUAACAUUAGGGAUCAAGUUCGAAGGAUAUAUUUGCAAAAGGGUCCGUGUCAACCUUCAGGUUAUGAAUUCCCAAAACGGAAAUUUGGAGUAAGCCAAUUUAGACGGUUUAAUCCUUCAUGGUUUAAGGAAUUUGGUGAUUGGUUGGAAUAUAGUAUAGAAAAAGAUGCGGCGUAUUGUUUGUAUUGUUAUCUCUUCAAGACAACUAAGGGAAAACAAGUAGGAGGAGAGACUUUUGUUAGCGAAGGAUUCACAAAUUGGAAGGGUAAAGAUAGAUUAAAUAUUCAUGUUGGCCAACAUGAUAGUGAACAUCAUAAAGCUCGAAUGAAUUGUGAAGCUUUGAUGAAUCAAGAUGAGCACAUUCAAUCAAUUUUGCACAAACAGUCAAAGCAAAUGCGAAAUGAUUAUCGUAUCCGUCUCAAUGCUUCGAUUGAUUGUAUCAGAGUUUUGUUGCGACAAGGGAAUUCAUUUCGGGGUCAUGAUGAGACUAGAGGUUCUCUUAAUCCGGUUGAUGAAUCUCGUGAUGUGUCAAUGAAUGAGCAAAUGUCAGUUGUUUUGCGCUAUGUGGAUACUAGUGGGCAUGUAAAUGAGCGUUUUAUUGGAAUUGAACAUGUUACUAGUACUACAACACUCUCACUUAAAGCUGCUAUUGAUAAGAUGUUCUCUAAAUAUAAUUUGAGCAUAGCUAAUGUGAGAGGACAAGGUUUUGAUGGAGCAAGUAAUAUGCAAGCUGUGGCCAAGAAAAAUCUUCCGAUUUCUAAUUUCUUUCGUAUUGUUGGUGAUGUGGUAAAUAUUGUUGGAUCAUCCUACAAACGUUCUGAUCUUCUUAAGGAGAAACAUUCAGAUUUUAUUAUUGAGGCAUUGGAGAGGGGUGAAAUUUCAAGUGGUCGAGGACUUAAUCAAGAAACUACCCUUCAACGUGCUGGGGAUACACAUUGGAGAUCACAUUACAAUUCUUUGAUCAAUUUGAUUUCUAUGUUCUCUGCUGUCAUUGAUGUGCUUGAAGUGAUUUCAGAAGAUGAUUCUAGUUCUCCUGAUCAAAAAAUUGAGGCAUUUAAUUUAUUGGAAUCAAUACUUUCAUUGGAUUUUGCAUUUAAUCUACUCUUGAUGAAUCAUGUCUUAGGGAUUUCGAGUGAAUUGUCGACAACAUUACAAAAGAAAGAUCAGGAUAUUGUAAAUGCAAUGGAUUUUGUACAACUUUUGACAUUAGCAUUAAUUUUACCUGUUGCGACCGCGACGAUAGAGAGAGUGUUUUCUGCCAUGAGAAUUGUGAAAGACAGCUAUUUCUAUGCAGAUUUCAAUGUGGAUGAUGCUAUCUUGAUAUUUGAAAAUUAUAAAGAACUUUUGAGUGUAUCUCAUAGCCAAGAAUCUAUUUGA